AUGCUGUUCUGGACACCACAGCAUCAGAAUAAACCUUACAAAACAAAAUGGCCGCAAGGUCAGAGCGUUUUUAUAAAACAGAAGUGCCAAUAUAUCAAUUGUUACAUUACAUAUGACAAGCAUUUUCUAAGUGAAGACCAUAGAUAUUUAGAUGCUGUCAUAUUCAAUGCGCGGGAUGUUAUUACAUAUCCCGAACUAAAUUUAACCCGGUCACAGAACCAAAUAUAUAUAUUCCAUUCCAUGGAUUCUUCUGAGAACUUUCCUAUAUGUAAUUCAUUUUAUGACAACUUCUUCAAUUAUACGUGGACCUACAAAUUGAAUUCGGAUAUACCAGACCCUUUAUUAAAUAUAUUUGAUGCAAACAACACAUUGGUAGGCCCUAAGAGGAACAUGAAUUGGAUUAUAAAUAUGACCCACAACGAAAGAGUGUUGAGAAAAGUUAAAGAAAAGAAGAAUGCUGUUGCAUGGAUGUCGACGAAAUGUAAAACGAAAGUCAAAUAUGAAGAUUUCCUUAGAGAAUUCGCAAAAGAGUUAAAAGGUUAUAAUCACACAUUGGAUAUUUUUGGUGCUUGCGGAAACAAAAAAUGUCCGGAAUCCAGAAAAACAAACUGUUACACAACGAUAGAGAGGAAUUAUUUUUUUAUACUUAUUCUAGAAGAUUCCUAUGCUGAGGAUUACGUGACAGCCAAAUUGGUUAAAGCGAUGACACAUGUCACUAUUCCCAUUAUUUUAGGAUCUUCAAAUUACAAUAGCUUUUUACCUCCAGGCUCCUACAUAAACGCUCAGUCCUAUGAUAUGAAGAAAAUGGGAGCCAUCAUCGACUACCUCAUCCGAUAUCCAACAACAUAUAGCUAUUUUUUUGAUUGGAAGAAUCACUAUUAUUAUACGGUUCGACCACGGCUGAGAUUUUGCGACGUCUGUGAGAAGUUAAACCGAGCGAACGGCACAAAUGUAUAUACAGAGUUUAGGAAAUGGUGGAACCCGGACUUCAGGGAUACUUGUCAGCAGCUGAAAUACCGCAACACCUUCACAUAAUACGAAUUACUUAUAAAAAUUUAAUAGGAAAAUA